GCAACGGGCGGCGGAAGUAGGAACCUGGGGAGGAAGAGGGAAACGGGCCUGGCGGGGGUUUGCAAAGGGCCCGCGUUUCUGUUGCGGGAAGCUCCCGGAGGUCGCACGUGCGUCCGAGCCCAAGCCCCUCCCCUCCACUCCUCUUCCUGCCUGCCCCGGAGCCGCCAAGCGGCUGUCUUCUUCUCGGCCCGCCGAGAUGGCGCUCGACCCCGCAGACCAGCAUCUCAGACAUGUUGAAAAAGAUGUUUUGAUCCCUAAAAUAAUGAGAGAAAAGGCCAAAGAGAGGUGUUCUGAACAAGUUCAAGAUUUUACCAAAUGUUGCAAGAGCUCUGGAUUUCUUAUGGUAGUAAAAUGCCGGAAAGAAAAUUCUGCAUUGAAAGAAUGUCUAACUGCUUACUAUAAUGAUCCAGCCUUUUAUGAAGAAUGCAAAAUGGAAUACCUGAAGGAAAGGGAAGAAUUCAGAAAAACUGGAAUUCCUACAAAGAAAAGGCUACAGAAGCUUCCAACAAGCAUGUAGGCAGAUACUCAAAUGACAUUCAGGAACUCUAAUAUUCAUGGAAGUCAUUUUAUAGUAUAAAUCACCUUAAAUAAUGGACUCAAGUAUGUAUGUUUGCUUUAUCUUAAUUAUGGAAAUAUUAAUUUUAUCUGAAAUAAAUAUUUUAUUUCAAAGUUUUGGUUUCUUAAAUGGGAAAGGAGUAGUUACUGAAUUGGGAUAUGGUUUUCCUGGUCAUUCUGGACCUUUUGAAAAUUUUUCCACAACUAUAACAGUGAUACUGAUUUUUUAGAGUUCAAUAUGGUCCUUAUAUUACUUUUCUUCCAGUGUAUAUCCUAAUGGCUAACCAUGGGAGCCAAAACUAAAGAAAAGCAGGAAUGGACAACCUUCAAAGGUGUUAGUAAUAACUAGGCAGUAUAGCAGAAUGGCUAUGAACCAGAAUCCUUCCUGAUUCUACCACUUACUAGCUAUACAGCUGUGGAAGUAAAUCUAAUACAGUUUGUGAGGAUGUACUGAGUAUCGCAUAUAGCAGGAAUAAGACAGUGCUUCAGACCUGGUAGAUGCUCUUAUAUUGGUAGUUACUGUUAGUAGUAGUAGAGGCUUAUUUGGAAACUAUCUUAGUCCAUUUUCUGUUGCUAUGGGAGAAUACCCAAGACCAGGUAACUUAUAAGAAAAGUUUGUUUGGCUCACAGUUCUGGAGUUUAUUUGCCAGCAGCUUCUGGCAAGGGUUUUCAUACUGCAUCAAAACAUAAUAGGGUGUAAAAAAUAGAAGGACAAACAAGUGUGGGCAAGCUUUUAUAACAACCCGCUCUCUUGAGAACUAAAACCUGUAAUAAUGGCAUAAAUCCAUUCACGAGGGCUCAUCACCCUAUUACCUCUUAAAGGCUCCAUCUCUUAGUACUGUUAAAUUAGCAACUAAGUUUCCAACACAUGAACUCUUGGGGGACACAUCAAACCAUAGCAGAACCAUAGAUAAGGAGAUACUUACUUAUAUGAAUUAAUUUUACUUACAUCUUUGAUGUAGAAUUUUCUAAAACAUAUUAUAUGUUCUUAACCUGAUAACUUGGCUACUGAGUCCUUUAAUCUUUCAUUUUGAAAAGUUAUCUAAGUGAAUUACCAAUUCUGUAACAUAGUAAUAGACUCAGGAAGUAGUAUAAAAAAUUUAUGUCCCAAUUUAAUAAUUUGAGCUUUUAUAUUAAAAGUUGUUUUUUCCCCAUGAGCUGUUAAAUUUUCCACAGCCAUUGUAACUAGUUUCAAGAUAAGUAAAUUUUACGUAUAUUUUCACACAGUCCUCAUCAAAAUCACAAAUAGAAAUUACUACCAAGACAACGUUUAACUUUCCCUAAUCCCAUGAAAUAGAUCUGAGAGAUUUUUUUUUUAAGAAAGAACUUAAAUAGGACACUACAGAAUCAAUUCAAGUUCCACACUUUACUCUUGAGUGAACCACUCAAAAAACUAUUGUACUUUUAUUUGAAAUACAAAGAAACCACAUUUUCCCAGGCCACAGAUCAAAAGGAGGGAGAUUACUAGAGCAGACAAAAGCAAAGCAAAUAUAGAAAUCUAGAGACCACACAGCAUAGGGGCAAACAUGCCCAUAUUUCCACAUUGACCUUUGGUAUUGGUGCAUUUCCUAGAGCACAGGAAGUUAACUGUUUUUAGAGAUAAUUGAAAAUGGAAAAGUUACUUUAAGAAGCUAGUGAAGUAUACAAUCUAUUUUAUACCUUUGAUUAAAAUCAGAAGUAGCCCACUUCAUGUAGAAAAUUCACUUAUGUACAUGUUGCUUUCCCCAUAGAAGCCAAAUUAGAUUAUACAAUACAAAUAAUAUGUUCGUCCUCCUUGUGUCAAAGACUGAAACCAUUCAUUGUAGCCUUCAGAAUACCCAUGCGUAUCCAUACUGAAGAUUUUUUUCACCUGGUACAUCUGUCUCAGUUGUGUCUUGCUUGCUUAUGGGUGCCUCUGUUGAUACUAUUCCCUGUUAAUAUGUGAUAACCCACAGGUUUUUUACCCCUUGAGAUACACCUUCUUCAAGUAGCCUUUCUGAAUUAAGAUCAGGACUUUGUUGUCACAUCAUUCAGCUCUUCAAGUCUGAAUUUUCCCAUAUAUUUUGGUUUUCUAAUGUUUCACAUAGGCACGUUCCUGCUUUUAAGAAUUCAGUUCCAUUUUGGCAGCAACUCAGUAAGUCUUACAGAUGUAAAUUUUACUUUAAUAAGGGAGCAAGAGGAAGGAAUAGGUGGCUUUUUGUUAUUUAUGUUCUCUUCAUUCUGUCAAUUUAUGGAUGUACUGAAUUGAACCUUAUAAAAAGAAA